AUGGCAUCUGCCCUCCACAGCAAAAUCCACACGCCAGGAACCUGCGCGAGCUCUAAAGCGGACGCCCGCCCUGGCUCGGACUGGAGAAUGGACUGUGAUCCCGAGAUGCACGUGAAAAUGUGCAAGAAAAUCGCUCAGCUCACCAAGGUGAUUUAUGCCCUGAAUACCCGCCAGGAUGAGGCAGAGGCCAGUGCGGAGUCACUGCGGGAAGCCCACCAGGAGGAGCUCCAGGAUGCAGUGGCUGAAACCAGGGCCAGGCUCCUGCAAGAACAGGGCCGCCCCAGUGAAGAUGCAGAGGCUCUUCUGAAGCGCAUCCAGACCCUGGAGAGUGCCUUGGAGCUGCAGAAGAGGCUGACACAGGAGGCCCUGGCUGAGUCAGCCUCCUGUAAGUUAGAAACCAAAGAAAGAGAGCUGCGGGCAGAGGCUGAGCAUGCUGAACGAGUCCUGACCCUUUCCAAGGAGAUGCUGGAGCUCAAGGCUGAUUAUGAGAAGAGGCUCCAACUGCUGACUAACCACGAGGGCCCCCAGUGGGUCCCGCUAUCCCAAGAGAGCCCUGAUGCCACAGCCGAAUCUGGCCAGCGACCAGGGAUGCACCAGGUCCUGCUGGAAGUGGAGCGAUUGCGAUCUGAGAACCAGCAGCUGAGCCAGGAUUAUGCCCGCAAAGCAGAGGAGCUACAGGCCACGUAUGAGCGGGAAAAUGAGGCCAUCCGGCAGGCCAUGCAGCAGUCCGUUAGCGAGGCCCUAUGGCAGUGGCAGGAAAAGGAGUCAGGCCUUCGAAAGAACUUCCAGGUCCAGGAGUCAGCCCUGCAGGCUCAGGUCAGGAAGCUGGAAGGGGACCUGGAGCACAGAGGGCGCAAGAUAAGUGACCUGAAGAAGUACGCCCAGAAACUGAAAGAAAGGGUCCAGGACCUCGAUGUGCAGCUGAGGGAGGCUCGGCAGGAGAACUCCGAGUUGAAGAGCACCGCGAGAAAACUCGGCGAGAAGUUGGCUAUUGCCAAAGACAGAUUGAUGCUACAGGAGUGUCACGUGACACAGGAAACUGAUAUUGUGAAGACUGAGAACGAAGUCCUGGGGAAAACAAAGGAUCUGGAAGUCUGCAGUCUUCAUCCUCAGCAGGACCAAGGCUUUCCCAAGCUGUGUCACUGCAGUAAAGGAGGCUCAGAAACCAAGACCAAGAAAGGAGCAAGUGGUGAAAUAGAGCGCUUGAAGCACAAAUAUGAAGAGGACCUUCGUAAAGUCAGGCAUCAGACCGAGGAGGAGAAGCAGCAGCUCCGAGAGCAGCUGGGGAAGCGCCUGGAGGACCUGGUGAAGAAGCACACUGUGGAAAUGAAGUCGGCGCGCUCUUCUGCGGAGGUGGAAAGAAAGAAGCUGAAGGAAGUAGAAGCUCAAUUGGAAGAAGUAAAGACAAAAUCAGAAAGGGAAAUAAAGCAACUGGAAGACGAGAAAGCUGCCCUCAGUGUGAAGCUUCAGAAUUCUCUACUCGAGGAUCCAUGCUCGAAGCAACAGGAUCCUUCUCUGGCACUGCCCAGAGAAGAGGGCGCGGAGAAGCCGACGGCGGAAGAAGGAAGCAGCAGCGAUGAAGAAGAAAGGAUUGGAGAGCCUCUCAAGGAAGGAAGUGACCUACAACCUCCCCAGGGCUCUGCGCUGAAGGAGAAGGCAGUGGAGAUUGGACAUCAACCAGAGGACUGGCAAAGCCAAAAUGUCAAACUAGAAACCCAGAAGGGAAUCCCACAUCAUGCCAGUGACCACAGGGAGGACCUGGAGGCAUUCAAGCAGCUGUCAGACCAGAGGAGGGAGAAACUGCAGCAGGGUCUCCAGGAGAGCCUGCAACACAGCCAGAACUUCAAGUCCCAGUUUGAGGGUGGCCACCAUACACUGGAAGAUGAAAGAGGGAAUUACUAUGAACCUAAAGCAUCAGGACUAUACAGCAAAACCCUAUCUCAAAGAAAAGAAGCAUCUUGUUUUCAUGUCUUCAGUUGUGCUGCGUAUGAUGCAUGCCAGCAAGUCAAGCUUAUCAAGGAUGUUACUUUCUAUCAAGAGCUGUCCAUGAUUACAGCUUCUAGUGUUCUUGGACAAUCAUCUUGUAAAGCCAGUAAUCAAGGAAGGCAGCAGGCUAACAUCCUAAAAACUGCCUUGUGUCUCAUCUCCAGUCAGCAGAUCCCAUGGGAGGAGGAGGCAGCGGCAGGAAACAGUCAGUGGUUCCAGAGCUCAGUCUUGCCUGUCCACUCAGCUGCAGAGGAGCUCCUGAAGGCCUCCGGUCACAGCAUCCAAGCGCUUGAGGGGGAAGCCAGACAAGAGCUGCAAGAGGAACAUGAGCAGACACAAGCCCAGCAGCCUCUGCUGCUUGAGUCCCUGAAGCAGGAACUGGCAGAGCAGCGAUCUGCCUCUGAGCAACAGAAGGCCCUGGAGGUGCUACAGAAUGAGCAAAGGGCCCCGGGCCCCUUGGGGAAGUGGCAGUGUUCAGGGAACGGCACAAACCACACCUUCACUUCAGAGGAUGUAGGUGUUACAAGGCCUCCUGGUUCGGUGCCCUGCACUGCAGAAAAAGGGCUCCUGGCUGAGAAUGCGCAGCUCCAAGACACUGUACUACGCCUGCGUGCAGAAGUGGAACAGCACCUGCAGGAGGCGCUGCAGCUGCGCGAGCAGCACCGGUUGCUGGAGGAGGACCAGAAAGCCCAGAGAGCCAUGGAGGUGGAAGCACUCCGCCAAGAACACCGGAAGGAGAUGCAGGCCAUGGUGGCAGAUUUCAGUGGUGCUCAGGCCCGGCUCCAGGCCAGGCUGGCGGCUCUGGAAGCCGAGCUUAAAGAUUCUGGAGAGAAGCCAGGGAAAGGAACCUCGCGGCCAGAGGACCUGCAGCUCAUAGGCCGCCUGCAGACACGCCUGAAGGAGAGAGAGGACAUCAUCAGACAGCUGACGGAAGAGAGAAGAUUUCACUAUGCAGCCUUCCCCAGUGCAAUGUCCCACAGGAAUCGGUCCUUCUCGUUCAAUCCUCACCCAGGAUACUUGACCCCUUCCAUGAAGAAAAAGAAGAUGGAGGAAGUGCCCAGCCGAGUGGUGAGCGUGCCAAACCUUGCCUCCUAUGCAAAGAACUUUCUGAGUGGAGAUCUGAGCUCCAGGAUCAAUGCCCCUCCCAUAACAAAGUCACCCAGCCUGGACCCAAGCCCCAGCUGUGGCCAGCCCACCAGUUACAAACCUACCCAGUUACUUGAUGGGAAAACUGCCACAAGGGCACAAGAUGGCGAACCAGGUCAAGCCAAAGAGGCCCCACAGAAGCAAGGCUCUCCACAUCAGGAGUGGUUUACCAAGUAUUUUUCAUUCUAA